CGGAACCUUUGUGAGGCCGGAACCAAUGUGCUAUAUAAUGCUGGAGGACGGAGGAGUGUUUUCGUGAAGGACCACCAAGUAUAAGUGAAGGGUUGCUCGCGACAGUUCCGGCAGGAGAACGCGCCAGUGAGAUCCUUGUCGUCCACUGAGAUGCAGCGACAGAAUUUUCGACCCCCGACUCCUCCUUACCCCGGCCCGGGUGUAGGAGGUUGGGGUAGCGGGAGCAGCUUCCGGGGUACCCCGAGCGGAGGCGGACCGCGGCCGCCAUCCCCGCGGGACGGGUACGGGAGUCCACACCACACGCCGCCGUACGGGCCCCGAUCUAGGCCCUACGGGAGCAGCCUCUCUCCGCGACACGGCGGCAGCUUCCCUGGGGGCCGGUUCGGGUCUCCGUCCCCAGGCGGCUACCCUGGCAACUACUCCAAGUCCCCCGCGGGGUCCCAGCAGCAAUUCGGCUACUCCCCAGGGCAGCAGCAGACCCACCCCCAGGGUUCUCCAAGGACAUCUACACCAUUUGGAUCAGGGCGUGGUAGAGAAAAGAGAAUGUCUAAUGAGUUGGAGAGUUAUUUCAAGCCUUCAAUGCUUGAAGACCCUUGGGCUGGCCUAGAACCAGUAUCUGUAGUGGAUAUAAGCCAACAAUACAGCAAUACUCAAACAUUCACAGGCAAAAAAGGAAGAUACUUUUGUUAACAUUCUGAAAUUCAACUGGACGCUUCAUGUGUCAGGAACAUCUUGGACAAAACUUUUACUUGUAAUUAAAUUGAAACCUAACAUGGUGACUUUGAUUGGGUAAUUUUAGUUGUGUGUUUCAUCAUAUCAAGUAUUUUUGGUAUUAGAGAAGACAUAUGGUAGGAUAAUUUGCAAUAUUUAGCUCUCUGGAAGUGCCUACCACAAUUUAGAAGAUUGACAUUUUCCAAAUGCUUAACAUUCUUGGUUAUAUAAUGGACAUUUGCCUUUUAAUGUUUUUUUCCAAUGUUUUAAAAUAAAGCAGUUUGUCUUUCUAGCUAUAUUGUACUUUUGUCAUAUGCUAAAAAAGAAUUAUUAAAAUAAUGCUUUGUAAUCACAUAGAUAGAAUUCAUCAGUGUAUAUUUUGGAUACUGCUUUUGAAAAUAGAUAGGCCAUACUUUGUGCUGUAGACAGGUCUAUAUAUUUGUUCAUAGGGAAAGGAAAUAAAGGAAGAGAAUAAAAAAGAUUUCUAUUCAUAUUAUAA